GUCAGCUGCCUGGAGCUCGGCGCUGUUUUCACUUGUCCACGUAACGCUGCUAAUGCUAAAGCUAAGGCUAACACUAACACUGACACUACGGCUAAGCUGAAGCUCCGCACUGUGGAAACAACGUAACAUCGCGUGCGUUGGUUUCGGCUACAAUGUAACCGGCCGUGUGGAAGCGCGCGACUCGGGGGUAACUUUUGUUCCACGUCACUUCCGGAGACACGCAACAAUGUUACAGCGCACUUUGGGCUGAUGAUGAAGAGGCUGAACGCGGCACUGCUGUGUCUGAGCGUCGUGUUACUGUCUCACUGGCAUCCUGUUCAUCAUGGCCACUGCACAGAGCAGAAUCAGCUCGACCUCCAGAAUCAGCCGCUCGCCGCACCGGACGUCCCCAAUGAGCAGGACGAGUCCGAGGAGAACAGGGGAAACGACGGGGAUCUGCUUCAGGAUGCUCCUGCCAUUUCCACUGUAGAACAUCAAACACAGACAGACGCAAAAGACGAUCUACAGACUCAGGAAUACACACUACAGGACAAUGUCGAUAAGAACAUUAAGGUUGACGAGGCCCCCGUGGAGCCGGCGAUACCUGAGCAUCAUCCUGAAUCUUCCAUUUACCCUGAGGAUGAUGCUGGAUCUCUGAACACACAGGUCCCCCCUCCUCCUGCUGUGUCUGUAACUGAAACUGUGUCUGAGACUGUUGAUGACACUGAGGACCUGUCCUCCACUGCUACUGUCUCAGCUGGACUAAUCGCAUGCAGUGACGGUGAUGAGUCCUGCUCUUCCCCUCCGGUCAGUCCCGUCUCUCCCACUGCUGCCUGUGAUGCAGGAGAAAACCCUUCAUAUGACGCAGACAUCAACAGUCUUCCCAUGGUUUCAGAGAACAGCAACACGUCUGGAACAGGGAAGAGUAUGAAGGCGAGUUUAGGCCGGGCGAGCAAGGGAACCAACACCUCCGGCAUGCUGAAAGACCAGAGUGAUCCAAUAUUAACAGAGACGGAUCCAGCUCUUCCCAGCAAAGAUGCAGAAGACAUUCCCACUUUUGACGAGUGGAAGAAGAUCAUGAUGGAGGAGGAGAAUGAAAAAAGUCAAACCACCCACACGUCCUUUAACGGGGGCUCUAGUGUUGUUAAAAAAGUGCAGAAGACUACAAACUACGCCUCAGUGGAAUGUGGCGCUAAGAUCCUGGCUUCAAAUCCCGAAGCAAAGAGCACUUCUGCCAUCCUGAUGGAGAAUGUUGAUGUUUACAUGCUGAACCCCUGCAGCAAUAAGAUAUGGUUUGUCAUUGAGUUGUGUCAGCCCAUUCAGGUGAAGCAGCUGGACAUUGCCAAUUUUGAGCUCUUCUCUUCGACCCCCAAAGACUUUCUAGUCUCGAUCAGUGACAGAUACCCAACCAACAAAUGGGCCAAGCUUGGGACCUUUCAUGCCCGGGACGAGCGCACGGUCCAGAGUUUUCCACUAGACGAGCAUUUAUAUGCCAAAUAUGUCAAGAUGUUCACCAAGUACAUUAAGGUGGAGCUGUUGUCACACUUUGGGUCCGAGCACUUCUGUCCUCUCAGCCUGCUCAGGGUUUUUGGCACAAGUAUGAUGGAGGAGUACGAGCUGAAUAUUGAGCCGCCUGAGAGACCCAACUUACAGGAGGAGGAUGAUGAUUAUCCUAAUGGAUAUGUUCCCUCUGAUGACAAAUCUUCAAAGAAUCUGAUUGGGUCUGCUACGGAUGCCAUCAUUAAUAUGGUGAACAACAUUGCUGCUAACGUGUUGGGCGGAAAUCCAGAAGAUGGCGCUCAGAGUGGAGGCAAUUAUUCCUCACUGCCUUUAAAUGGGACUGAGACUGUAGCAGGAGAUACUGUUCAGACAGUUUCCUCAGUGUCAUCCAAGAUUGUGACAGAGAGUUUGGAAGGAGACCAGCUGGAUUUAAAAAAGCCUACCGAGACCCCGUCAAUGACGGAAGGUAGUGAGACAGGUCCGACAGCUCCUGUCCUCAACACCCCACUCUCAGAAACUGCAACACUGUCAGUUUCAGAUGCCAUCAAGACGACAGCUAAUAAAGAAGAUCAGAUUGUUACUUUGCUGCCUGGGGAUGAGUCAGAUGGGUCAGACAAGACCUCCAGCCCUGUAACACAAGAGGCAGAAAAGGAGAGGGUGAAGGCUCCACAAGAUCAGCAGUACUCGGGAGUGAGGGAGUGUCGGGAGCACACUCCUCAUUCCUGCUCUUGUGUUAUUUCACUUAAAGAGUACCUCUUGCAGAGCUGCAUUCUUGUUUCACCUCAUCAGAAGAAAAAGACAAACAAGAAAUCUCAAGAAUCACAGGCUCAACCUGGCAUUUUCCGCAAAACAGAAACCUCAGUCCCAGUCAUUUCAGUGACCACUUCAUCCUUUACGCAAGUACCCCACACUGGGACUGUUGAGAGAACCUCUUCCGUGGAGGCUUCUGUAGUGGUUGAUCCAUCUUUUCCUGAGAGUAAACCUGAGCUUGAUGCUGGAUCUCUGCAUCUUGCACCAAGUCUUAAUUCAGCCCUGGUGACACUUGCAUCCAGUGACACCUCCGCCUCUAGAGCCACGGAUGUUGUGGAUUUUCUGGACCCUUCAGCUGUUGAGAGUUUUGAUGUGAAGCUUAAUGAGGAGAACAAAAAUAAACCAGUGGAGGACAAAAACUCUCCCGUUCUCACUUCUCAUAUGGAACUGUCAUCCACCCCAGUUUUAACUACCCAAAGUGAUGAUGUGGAUCAGGUUCAGGUGUCUGGAUCUUUAGUAGCGAACUCUACAACUGAAAAUAGCACUUUGACUCCUAGUAUGAUGACUAGCACGAUGGAUCAGGCAACAUUUUCCUCUCAGUCAACCUUAACAGAUCAGUCCUUUGUCCAACGAACUGCAAGCAAGGACACAGCUCCAGUUGUAACCCCAACAGCCGUCCCUGGAACAGAACCCUUAGAGGUAGUUUCAGGUGUGGCAGAACCUAAAAAUGAGGAGCUGGUAGAGGAACCUCCACAUGAAGGCCACAGUGGCAACAAUCAAUCAGAAACAUCUAGUAAUGCUCAACCAGUGCAGCCACCUUCUUCUGACUUCUACGCUGAAAUUCCUGUCUUAACUGAGGCACCGAGCCACAGCUCUAACCAGAAGGAGUCGGUCUUCAUGAGGCUAAACAACCGGAUCAAAGCUCUGGAGGUGAACAUGUCCCUCAGCGGCCGUUACCUGGAACAGCUCAGUCAAAGAUAUCGAAAGCAGAUGGAGGAGAUGCAAAAGGCUUUUAACAAAACCAUCAUUAAACUCCAGAACACUUCAAGGAUGGCUGAAGAACAGGAUCAGAAACAGACUGAAUCCAUUAACCUACUGCAGAGGCAACUGGAAAAUGUGACCCAGCUUGUACUUAACCUGUCACUGCAAGUGGGACAGCUACAGAGAGAGGUCUCUGACAGGCACAGCUACCUGUUGCUGUCUGUGAUCCUCGGCUUGCUCAUCUGCAUUUUCAUUGGCGUUAAUUACCGCCGCAUGUCCCAUGCGAAUGUCAUGACAGAACCUAACACAUACAUCCCAAACUCCUACAGCUACUGCUGCCUCGACAGGGAGUCUCCUGAUUAUGAAAAUUUGAACCCAAAGCGCAGAGCGUCCUAUCCGUUUUCACAGUCAUCCCUGCAAAUUGCAACCACCGAAGGUCCAAUUGAAGCAUAUGAUGUUGAAACUAGACGGAAUUCAACUGGAAAUAAAAAGAAAAAGCGUUGUAAAAUGAAAUCCAUCAAAAAGCCGGAGACGGUACCUCCUGCUUCACUCUCCACUAAGGCAGUCCCCAAUGGUGGACUGCAGGGUAACCACCACUGUCCUCACAAUCUGGACUUAAAGCUGCCUCCUCGAAGCCCUGGCCCUCCACCCUUCUCUUUCGGGGACUCUCCCGCAGAGGAAAGCUCUGAUGACUCCUCGCAAUCAGACGAGCCUUCGUUUUGUGGCAUCACCUCCUGUAGCCGCCUCUGUGAUCCUCUUCCCACUGCAAACAGCCGCUCAAGAAAAAAGAACCGCUUGAAAAAGAGGAACACAGUACUCGAGCAGCUUCUUCAGCCUGUUAAGUGUAACGGGCCGCCAGUUGCACCUAAAUUCACUUUGCAUGGUUUAAUCACAGGCUCCACAGAGCUGAACUCAAACAGACCAGGAGUCCCACUGCUUCCCAGAAAGAACAGUUUAGAUUGACAGUGCUAACAAUGCUGAUAGCUAUAGAUUGAGUGGUAGCUCACAGGUAAGCUGCACUGGUAGCUUUAACUUGUAUGUAUUCUGUGGAUGUAGGAAAUAUACAGGUGAGCCUUGGGACAGCAUUUUGGACACAAGGACAAUCAUCAAAUAUCAUCUGCCUGGCAGAGAGAAAUCACACUCAUGACUAAAACAUGAUUUGAAAUGUCCUGCUUUAUAGAGGGGAAAAUAAUUUGCACAGUUUUUAAAUUGGUAAGGCUUGCUUAUGCUUUACAUUUGUUUUUUAGUCUUUGAUUUUAAAAUAUUGUGUGAACGCAAAUUGUUGAUUACAAAAUGUUGCUAUUUUUGAUAAAAAUCAGUCAGAAACUAUGAGAUUGUGUCAUUCAUUGCUUAUUAUUUUUACAGUUGUUAGAUUGAGUUAUGUUUUUCUGUAUUCAACUGUGGAACACUGGGGAGGAAGAGGAUAUGUGAAUUGAAGGCCUUCUAGAAAAAGAAAAAACAUUUUGGUACCUAAAGUAGCCAAAAAGCUCCACUCCACACCCAGUGCUGUUGGUAAAGCCGUGACAUCCUGACCCAGUGCUUAACAUUGCAACGUUAACUGUAAUCAGACUGUAGUAUUUAGAUUAUUUGAAAAAAGGAUAGACACUUAAAAUGACCUGUAGGUAGUAGACGUUCAGAAAAUUAAAGCCAGUAUAUCAGUGGCAGGAUGUUUCUAUUUUCACCACUACAGUGGAUAGAAAAUUCAUAAAUCACCACAAAAAAAGCAAUUGUAAUGUAGGUAAUAUAAUAAUCGUGUUACAACAGUACAACACAAUAGUAUUUCUCCUCCAAUUUUGACCUUGUUGAUGCACUCCAUAAAAUUAUCAAUCUUAUCCCAGUACACUAAUGACAGGAUCAUGAGCACCCAUGCUUAGCCAUGCCUGUGGG